AGAGCACUGACAGCAGCAUCAAUAAGAUUGCAAGAGCACCACAGACAAUCCGCGGCACCAUGGGCGACGUCGACGCAUGCGAAGUGGAGAGCGGGAAGCAGGAGUACACUCUAAGGCCACGGAAUCGGGACUGGAAGGAGAGGACCAAGGUCUGGUUCAAGCGGAACCUCCUCAUCAUCUUCACGGUAGUGUCAGUAUUCGUUGGAGUCUUCCUGGGGAUGGGGCUAAGGGCGGCAGAACCUUCUAAAGAUGCCAUCCUUCUGAUUGGAUUCCCAGGGGAUGUCCUCAUGAGGCUCCUGAAGAUGCUCAUCCUACCCCUCAUCGUCUCCAGCUUGAUUACAGGUCUGACCGGUCUUGACGCCAGAUCGAGUGGAAAGUUGGGCGGGAGGGCGCUGUUGUACUACUUCUGCACGACCUGCAUCGCUGUCAUCAUUGGAAUCAUCCUGGUGGUCGCCAUCCGCCCCGGGAGAGAGAACAUCAAGAAGAACCUCGGAGAUGGUAACCAAGUGAAGGAGCUAACGACCUUAGAUGCAUUCCUCGACCUCCUCAGGAAUUUCUUCCCAACAAAUUUGGUGCAAGCUUGUUUCCAGCAGACACAAACAUACCAAGCAGAAGAGGAUGUUGUAGAGAGAAGAAUCGUUAACGGCACGCUUUUAAACUCCACGGCUUCAUACGCCGAAAGUGCAGAUAAUAUAACGAAUCCCGUGAACGUCACGUACGAAUACGUCACAGUGGGCACACAGAUGGUUCGCAAGCAGGGAUUCAAGAAUGGCAUGAACGUACUCGGAAUCAUUGCUUUCUGCAUCUUCUUUGGCAUCCUACUGGGUCAGAUGGGAGAGCGAGGUCGCGUCAUGGUCGAGUUCUUUGACAUCCUCUCGGACCUGACCAUGCAGAUGGUCAACAUCAUCAUGUGGUACUCACCGAUUGGUAUCAUGAGCCUGAUCUGUGCCAAGAUCCUGGACAUGGACAACCCUGCCGUGGUCUUCUCCAACCUUGGUCUGUACAUGGUGACGGUCCUGCUCGGGCUGGUGGUCCAUCUGGCAUGCCUCAUGACCAUCUACUUCACCAUCACCCGCAAAAACCCCUUCACCUUCUUCAGGGGUCUCUUACAGGCCUGGCUGACGGCCCUCGCGACUUCCUCAAGCUCUGCGACUCUCCCGGUCACAUUCCGUUGCCUCGAGGAGAAUCUUGGAAUCGACAAGAGGGUUACCCGAUUCGUCUUGCCUAUCGGAGCAACGGUGAACAUGGACGGCACCGCCCUCUACGAAGCAGUAGCAACCAUCUUUAUCGGUCAGCUCAAUGGCUACACUUUGACCAUCGGCAAAAUCAUAACAAUUAGCUUAACAGCAACCUUAGCGAGUGUUGGAGCUGCUAGCGUACCUAGCGCAGGUCUGAUUACCAUGCUUCUGGUGCUCACUGCGGCAGGAUUCCCUGUGGAAGAUGUCAGUUUGCUCUUCACCGUAGAUUGGUUCUUGGAUCGUUGUCGUACAUCUAUCAACGUGGUGGGCGACUCGUACGGAGCGGCCAUCGUGCAUCAUCUUUCUAAGAAAGAAUUAGAUGCAUUAGAUCGAGAGGAAGCCGAGUUAGAGCUGGAAGCUGGAAAGGAAUCGGAAUACACUGCCAACGGCAAGCCCGAGAUGAGAGACGGCAACGUCGUCGCCGACGUCGAGAAGAAAGACGGCGACAACUGGGAGUCUGGGUUUUAGACUAUACCCCCACAGGCCAUUCAUACCACUCUCGGUAUAACGGCCGUUUUUUGUGUACAUUUGUAUUUUUCUGUUUUCAUUUUUUUAUAUAUAUUAUAUA